CUUCCAACCUCUUUUCCUGCAUCACCAGAGAAUGUCAUAGCAUCCAUCGACUCUUAACCCGCCAAUACCACCGCAAUUAUGGCUGAGCAGGCGAUGGAGCAGCUCAAGGGCAUUCUGAAGAAGCCGCCGCCCCCCAAGACUGCUGCCCAAGACGCCCGUGAAGUCGCCAUCCAGCAUGCUCGCUUUCUCCAGCAUCGCAAGGAUCUCGAGGCUGAGAUUCUCGACAGUGUUAUCUUGCUGUCCGAGUUCCCCUUAGUUCGCGAGGCUCCCUACAAUGCCGCCAAUCCCGCUCCAUCCGACUCCGCCAGCUUCAAGAUGCACAUUCGACUGUUUCAGCCCUCCGACUACGACGACCUCAUUGUCGAGCGCAACGUCAACGAGUUGUGCGGGUACACGCUAUGCGGCAAGCCCAAAAAGCACGCAGCAGCCGGUGGCAAGUGGAAGCUUACCACCGCUGGAGACAUCAUUAAGCGCGAAGACUACGAGAAGUGGUGUUCGCAAAAGUGCGCCCGACGAGCUAUGUAUGUCAAGGUGCAGCUCAACGAGACGGCGGCCUGGGAGAGAGCCGGUAUCCCAGAUAUUCACAUUGAUCUUCUCGAAGAAGAGGAGACGCAGACCGAAGCAGAUAUUGCUGUCAAACGCCUAGCGGAUCUGCGGCUCGAAGACCAGCGCAAGGAGGCUGCCGACGCUGCGGCACUGGCGACAGAGCGCGGGCAAAAGAGCGUGCUCUAUGCCCACAAAACGCUCGAGAUCAGGCUCAAGGAGAAGACUCCCACAGCCCCGAGUCCGGAUGCGAUGUCAAUAGACGAAGCAAAGGGCAGUGGCGACCACAUGGUCGUGGAGGGAUACACUCCUAAACUGGACGAUAUGAAGGCAAAGAAGGAGAGCAGUAGCUCAUGAUUUACUUUUCCAAUUGGCGUUUUAGGGGUUGAUGGUUCUACGAUUUCUUUUUACAGGAAGCAGACGGUUCUGCAUAGUUGAUACCCAGAAGAAAAAAAUAUAACAUGGAACAGAA